AUAUAGAAGUUAUUAAUUUCAUCGUUAUUAUCAUUUUAAUGAUACGUUAAUUUAACGCAAUGUUUACAGAUUAUAUUAUUGAAAAUUUGAAGUUUUCGAAUUUGCUUGUUGCUGACCGUUCUCAAUAAAUUUUGAAUUGUGAUUGUAGGACGCACGCGUCUGCUUAACUUUGCUAAAGGGCGGAACGUUCGAUUGAUGGAAAGUUUGAGAUGAAUGAAAAAAAUUAAAAAAAAAAAAAUGGGGUGGCGAUUGAUUUUCGGUGGAGACAGAGAGAUGAGUUGUACAGAGUUGCCGGUUCGUGUUGGGGGGCGGCCGAAAAUUGAUGGAUUGAUGUUAAUGAUGAGGAUAGGGAUGUUGAAUUGCUUUGAUUAUGAUGUUGAUGAUGAUGAUCAAAAAGAGAAGAAAGUUUUUUGUUUGUUCGUGUUCUUUUUCUACUAGUUGUAUGGGUGUGUGUGUUUGUAUGUUUUUGGGGAGGAUGUAGGGGAUUGGCGAGAUGAAAAUCAAUAUGAUCGUCGACGCACACGCUCACGUCGCUCCUCAUUCGACGUGUCGGCGGAGAGGAGACAAGAUGUAGUUUGAUCUAGGGAGGCGGAGGAGACAUUUUUUGAUUAGUUUAAGGAUGCUUCAGUAGUGGCAUAGUAGUUUCAUCGUCUUGAAGAGAAAGAAAAGGGAAGAGAUGAUUGUUUGGUGGUGAUGCUGUUAUCGAAAAGGAACGAAGAGGACGUCGCGGUGGAGGAAUCACUAGUGUAUGAAUGAUAUGUGAAUUAAGUAGUGUGUGCUGUAGAUGAGGAAGGUUUUCGGUGGAGCAGGAGGAGGUGGAGGAAGGAGGACGAAAAUGAUAAACGCAAAUCAGAAUGUGCUUUUUCUAGCGACGAUCCUGGCCCUGUGCGUGAUAUCGUUCGUGCACGUCUUCCUCUUUCCGCUGUACGAUGUCGACCAGUCGAAGAAGUCGCCGACGAAGAACUUUUACGAUUUCGAGCAAUCUCAGCUCUGUCUGAACAGCGUGAACAAUGUGAAGCACAGGAGGACGUCUUCGUGGAAACGUUUGAGGUGUCCCCGGUACGGCAUAGUGACGAUAAUGCAGGGCGGAAGAUUGGGCAAUCAGAUGUGGGAGUACGCGUCGGUGUGGGCGCUGGCGAGGAGGACGGGACUGGAGCCGUACGUCCCCCGUUGCAUACAUGUGAAACUCGAGCAGAUCUUCGAGCAACUGUCCGUGCCGAAUUACGAGGAGAUCGGCGAUUGUCCCAUAGAUUUGGCGCGAUUCGUUCGAUCCGUCGACGCGUGGAACUACACGAACCAGAGCAUCGUGUUGCCGCGCUACUCGACGCACCCGGACGUCGUCCUCACCUGGGUGCAGGACAUCAUACAGGAGUUUACGUUCAAGCGUCGCUUCCAGGUGAAGAGUCAGAACGUACUGCGAUUGGCGGCCGCAACUUCGUAUACGAAAAAACCGAAAGCGUCCUCGUCGGGGACGACGGACCUCGUCUACGUCGGGAUUCACGUGCGACGCACCGACUACAUCGGAUACCUGUGGCGUAAACACGCCGCACGUCCCGCGUCGCCGGCCUUCUUCCACACGGCGAUGGACAUCUUCGAGGGCAGAUACGAACGCGUCCUCUUCGUCGUCGUCAGCGACGAUCCGGCCUGGUGCCACGACAAUCUGAACAUGCGACCGAACGUGUUCGUGAGCAGCAGGACGAUUCCGAACGCUCCCGCUCUCGAUUUGGCCAUUCUCGCCUCCUGCAAUCAUUCCAUCUUCGAUUACGGCACCUUCGGCAUCUGGGGCGCAAUCCUCGCCGGUGGCGACACCAUCUACUUCAACCUCACCAAACAUUCUUCGGCUCGAGUAGGACGGCUCCUCAGCAACUGGACGCCGCUCAACUAAAUUCAAAUCCAAUACAAGAACAACAACAACAACAAAAAUGCAAAUCAACGAUAUUUGCGAAGAUCAGCAAAACUUUGGAUGGAUGGAUACGACGUACUGCACGAAUUCGAGAGUAGUAAACAUACACCAAUAGACUUGUAGACUUGAGUUUGGUUCUCCGAAAGUUUUCCCAGAAUAGUUUGAUCGAAAUUCAAGUUGCCAAGGCUAAGAAAAGAACUUUUUCUUCGGUUGAAAAGCAAAAGGGAGAGAGAGAGAGAAAGAAACCCUAUUUUUUUAACGAUCGUUAUUCAAAAUUAUUUCUAAAUCUA